GAAGGUCGGCCCGGCAACAUGGCGGCCCCCUUGGAGCUCAGUUGCUGGGGAGGCGGCUGGGGGCUCCCUUCCGUGCACAGCGAGUGCCUGGUGGUAAUGGCUUAUGCCAAAUUUUCUGGUGCACCCUUGAAAGUCAAUGUCAUAGAUAACACCUGGAAAGGUUCAAGAGGUGAUGUUCCAGUUUUGACAACUGAAGACAAUAUUGUUUCUCAGCCGGCAAAAAUACUAAACUUUUUAAGAAAACAGAAAUACAAUGCUGAUUAUGAACUCUCAGCCAAACAAGGUGCUGAUACACUGGCUUACAUUGCUCUCCUUGAAGAGAAGCUUCUUCCUGCAGUGCUUCACACGUUUUGGGUUGAGAGUGACAAUUACUUUACUGUGACGAAACCAUGGUUUGCUUCACGAAUUCCUUUUCCCUUGAGUUUGAUCCUGCCUGGAAGAAUGUCUAAAGGAGCACUGAAUAGGAUUCUCCUGACCAGAGGGGAGCCCCCUCUCUACCACCUUCGAGAAGUGGAAGCACAGAUAUACAGAGAUGCCAAGGAGUGCCUAAAUCUUCUGUCAAAGAGAUUGGGAACAUCUCAGUUUUUCUUUGGCGAUACGCCUUCUACCUUGGAUGCCUAUGUGUUUGGUUUUCUUGCACCUCUUUACAAAGUGCGCUUUCCUAAAGUUCAGUUACAACAACAUUUGAAACAGCUUUCCAACCUGUGUCGCUUCUGUGAUGACAUCCUAAGCAGUUAUUUUAGGCUUAGCCUUGCAGAUGGAUGACAAUCUUCGCCAAAGCCCUCAACUUCCCCCUCGGAAACUGCCAACACUCAAAUUGACUCCAGCAGAGGAAGAAAGUGAUUCCUUACAACGACUAUCACCCUGACAGCUGUCAUUUUAGUGCCCAGGCUUUUGCCUUCAAGUCAUAUGAUUGUCACAAUAAUCUCUCAGACUAAGUGUGUUAAAAGAAAAUGCUGUUAAUAGUUGUAAGGAGGACUCUAAAACAAAAGGAACUUUCUAUGCUAUUUUUUUUUUAAAUUAGAAGCUUGUACCCUAGCUUGGCAAUGCACUUUAAAUAACAUCAAAAGGAACACUAAAUGAACUUGAGGGAAAAUACAUUGUACUGUAU